AAAUUGUAAUUUUACUGUUUUUAAAAGUGCUAUUACGCAAUAUUGAACAAGAAAUUCCAGUGUAUUGAACGUAUACCACCUAGACCACAGAAAGUCUUCAAAGUACAUAAUAUAUAUGCAUAUUCAUUCUUCAGCCAUGGUCGAUAUUAUCUGGAUAUAGUUACAUGUAUAUCGCGGUGACUGUAAUCAUUCAUUUAAAAAAGUAUUUUUUUCAGAUGGAUUUUCAUAUGCUUUACAUGUCUGCUUCUCCUGUUUCUCUGUUACUUCAGUUUAUGAAAGGCUUUGAAUCUUGCUCUUAUUAAGUUUGAUACCUACAUGCAUGAUACAGAUUUCAAAAUGACCAAUCUGGAACAAAUUGUUCAAAAUAUACUUUAACGUGUAUUCAAAUAAACAGAUAACGAUAAUUACGAUUUACGAUGCAAAAGAAUUGCAUGGGACAGUAUCUACUAGAACUCAUUCCAUGAACAUUUACGCUGUAUAUAGGCAUCAGGUUAUUACAGAUAAUAUAUCAAUUGUAACUUUACUAUAAUUAAGUAUAAGUAGAGCCAAUCAUUUGAUGGUAAAAGGUCCAUGCAUUUAGACACCAGUGACUGUCGGUAAUCAUGACUUUUGUGACGAUUGUUUGCUUUUUCUGUAUUUUCUCAAUGUUUGUUCAAUCCAUUAAUCUGGAUCAAUGGAUUGUAGAAAGGAAGAUGGGAAAAGCAACAAUUCACAUCCUAUCAAUAAAAAAAUCAACUGACAACACAUUUGUGCAUUAUACUGCUAUUUUCAGAGCACCAAUAAAUACGGAAAUGGAAGAAUCCAAGAAAGGCUUUUACUGGAAAUCCAUAUCAGAAUGGGAACAAGGGCCUAUGGAUAGUUAUACUGAUACCGCUCUUUACAAAGCAAGCCUGACAGCUCCCCCCAGCACGUACCUGAUACCUCCUGUAUGGCUCACAACAGAAUCUGAAAGAUUUAGAAUGACAUACGCUCCAUUUGCAACAAUAGAAAUGCAAAGAGACUUCAAGUUCAACGAUUGUCAAUUUCAAGUUGAAAAGCAAGAAUCUGAAGCAUCUAUCAAAUAUAAAAUUACUGUCAAAACAUGCGAUUGCAGGCGCAGGUUUACAGCUUCAGUUGGAAAAAUGACUCCAACUGGAUUUAAGAAAACAGCAGGGUUAUCUUCCUUGUACUUUUUUGCUGUAAAUCUCUAUCCAGGUUUCAUGAUUGAUGACCAGAUUUCAUCUAUUAUCAUUAAUCGAACGGCACUUAUUAAGGAUGGAGUGGAGAUCAAGUCAUUACAGUUCUUAAUUGAACAGGAUCAGGAUGACUUUUAUAACGACUUGAUUUAUCAUUCACAAUUCUAUUAUACUUUAAUUUAAGUGAGGUACAUAUUAAUGCGUGCUUGAGAACUGCACUAUAGCCAUAAUAAAUAAGUGAAACAGAAAAUUUAAUUGGGAAUUAAAUUGUGUAUCAUAACCUCUCUCUCUCUCUCUCUCUCUCUCUCUCUGUGUGUGUGUGUGUGUGUGUGUGUGUGUGUGUGUGUGUGUGCUAUACACAUCAUGUGUGCAUAAUGAUCAUAGAAAAUUAUGUUCUUUUCAAGAUCUGAGUUGCUCAAAAAGAGUUUAUGGAAGUCAUAGUUCAUCCAAAACUUUGACUAGUAAAGCAAACUUUAUUU